AUGGCUUCGUUGGCCGCCCAUUUGACCGCCUCCCUCCUCCUCUACCCCGUCGGCAUCCGCCGCCUCCUCUGCUCCAUCUCCCUCUACCUCAAAAACCCAUCUCUCUACAGAUCAAGAAUCUGGUACUUGUCCGAACCCAAGUGGAGAAACCUCGAUCUCUACACCCUCCUCGUACUCCUCCCCAUCGCUUCACUCUCCCACAUCUCCAUCUUCCUCGUACUCUCCGAAAACCCCACCUACAGAUUCUCCUUCCUCCACCAAUCCCUCGUCGUUUUCAUCUUCUGGGCUCUCCUAAUCUUCGUCGUCUUGAGAGAAAGCUUCGAUCUUUUCUCACUCCCCGAGAAUCUCGCCUUUUUAUUCGCCGGCAUUGCCUUUCUGAUCGAGUUCCACCUCACCGGCAGAGGAAUCGCCGGCCUCGGCGGCUGGGUGUACCGAAUUCUUGGCGGGCUAGCGAUCCUCUGCUCCGCGUGCUGCGUCUACUUGUCGAUCAGGCCGUCGGCAUUUUUCGCCGAUUUUAUGCUGUCGUCGGGUCUCGUCUUGAAGGGCACGUGGGUCCUGCAGGCGGGGUUGUCGUUGUACACGGACGCGUUCGGUUUGAAAGGGUGCGAUAAGAUCACCGGGGCGUCGGUGACGAAAGGCGGGGCUGAUGUUAAGUGUGAGCUUGAUGAUGAUAUGUGGAGGGGUGUAGUGUUAAUGAACUUGCUCUUUGUUGGGCAUGUCGUUUUCGUUGUUGUUACGGGGUUCGUCUCGUUUGGAGCUUUGAAUCGGUAUACGAACACGACGAGUGGCCGUUUGUUAGCUGAGAUUGGAUCGGAGACAAUGCUGAUGCAUCCGCUUCCUGAACUUGAAAUGGAUUGA